AUGGAGUUCGAGGCUGUUCUAAACCAUGAACAUCAAAGUCUGAUGACCGAUGCCGGGCGUCUUGAAAUGGAGGACAUCAUCGAGGAUCAGUUAGUUCUGCAUACCCUGAUGCUGAGAUCGAGUGCCUUGCACGCAGUUUUCCAUGCCGCGAUAGGAAAGGAAACACCUGCAGCAGCAGCGGCAGCAACAACACCCACAGCAGCAGCGACUACAGCAGCAUCCACAGCAACAACACUCGCAGCAGCAGAGGCACCAGAAGCAACACCCUCACUAGCAGCAGAAGCAGUAGCAGCACUCGUCGUGGCACUAACCGCAGUGGCAGCACUCACAGCAGCAGAGGCAGCAGCAGCAGCAACAACACCCGCAGCAGCAGCACCAACACCCGCAGCAGCAGAAGCAGCAGCAGCAGCAACACUCGUCCCAGCAGUACACUCAGCACCAUUCACCAUUGAUUGCACCAUUUAUCAUCAGGAUCAGCAACAGCAGCACUAUCAUCACCACCAGCAUCAUCGAGCAGACCUGUGA